GCUCUAUCUAAAUAAAUAACCAUUUAUUUAGUUUGGCUAUUCCUUGCUUUGUAAAAUGGGCAAAGAUGAAGUUUCUGUUAAAAAACGUCGGAAAUUAAACACCUCGGUUUCUACCGAUAGCUCCAAACAAUCGCCAGGUGAUGUGUAUAAGCGUGUUGUAGAUUUCGAAGAAGCUGAGGCUCUUUCACGCCCCGCUGAUAAGGACGCUAAUCUAUUUAAGAAAAUAUGUCAAGAUAUUCGGCAGCUGUUUUCUGAUAUAGCAGAACUGAAAGAAAAAAACUCUGACGAGGCUAAGGAAAAAAUUAACUCAAAAAGGGUGGAGGCAUCGCUAAUGCUUGUAGCACUGAAGAAACUGAACAGAUUGGAGAAAGUGCGUACUAGAGCUGGUCGGGACUCCCUCCACAAAGUGAAGCAACAGGUGGACUCCACACACUUGCAGUUACAGAACUUGCUGUAUGAAGCCGAUCAUCUCAACAAAGAAGUUACAAAAUGUUUGCAGUUUAAAUCAAAAGAUGAAGAAAUUGAACUUGUGCCUAUUGACGAUUUCUACAAGGAGGCACCGUCUGAGGUUUCUAGACCUGAAGUCACUAAAAAAGAUGAGCAUCAAUUACAACUGGCUAGACUGGAGUGGGAGCUGCGACAGCGCAGAGAGUUAGCUGGAGCCUGCAAUGAGCUGGUGGCAUCAAAGGAGCGUGUUGGGGCAGCGAUAGCAGCUGCCCGAUCCCGUUUGGAUGCCCUGGGUCCUCACCUUAAUGAUGUCUUGAAAGCUACAAAACCUCUCCAAGAGUGCAUGGCCCUUCGCCUUGAUGAGAAGAGAGAUGAAUCUCGAGCUGCGGCUCUUCUUCCCCCGCCUUUGUUUUUGCUCUAUGCCAAUGCUAGUGCUUAUUCUGAUGCACUCGGAGUGAAAACUGUAACUGUUGGAAUUUCUGGUGAUGAGGAUGAAGCCAGAAGGUUAGAUCAGGAGAAAAAUGCUGAUAAUAGCUUAGUUCUAUCAAAUGACUCUGAUUCUGAUCAAGAAAAUAAUGACGAUGAACAGAGAGAAAAGAAGAAACGCCAUCACAGAACAGCCAAAGUUUCCAAAGAAGAGAAAACUGAAGCCAAAAAGAAAGAAGUGUUGAAGAAGCAUCCUUUACAUGUGCAAGUUUCUGUCAAAGUGCAGGACACUACAGCUUUGAAUUUAGUGUUUUCUUAUCUUCUGCACUUAAAAAUUGUGGUUGUUAAGUUUACAGUGUCUCUGCCAAAGCCUGUAUCAGGAGUGUCUGCCGCUGAUGUGCUGAACGGUCACUGUAUACUCAAUGAGUUGUAUCCUGGAGACGCUGGACACGAUUCACCUCACCCUGCUACAUCAUUUUUGCUAAAGGCUGCUGGAGUAUCUGAAGAUUUCCACCAUUUCAUUUCAGAAGUGGGUCGACCAUACAUAUGGGCCCAGAGGAUGUGUGGCUUAGAUUUCAUGGCUUUAGUUGUUGAUGAUGAGAAAAAAACAAACAAAGUUAUUCAACCUUGUCCAAGCCUCAGUGUGUCUACUGUUGAGCAUUUUAUACUCACCUUGAAGAAACGGUUGAAAUCGAGAGUAGCACUUAUGAAAGAGUUGCAGGAAUUGGAGUCUGGAAAGAUAGUUCCAGCAAAAGGCAACCCAGUUAGGUUAUCGGGUUCUCUCACACAGUGGCAAUCUGUAGGCUGGCCUGAAUAUAGUCAAGCACCAUCUACAGCAUUCUUAAUAUCCGAAGGUCUAGUGAACAGCAAUGAUAUGCUGUACAGGGCCAUUAUUACAAGGCAGUCGGCAAAGUUGAUAGCUUUAGUUGUGCUAAAGAGUGAUUACCCUAAAUCUGCUCCUAUUUUCUCAUUAACAUUAUUCUGGAACGGGACACAUCAUGCAGGCAUUGAUGACGACAUUAGAGAUAUUGAGCGGAUUAUCAACAGUGACUGGAGCUCUGAGGAUAAACCCAGCCUCACAACACAAAUGACGAAGUUGUUGACUUGUCUUGACAUACUGCUGGAAACUACAGGAACAUCAGAGUUUCCACCUGAUAAAGUUAUGUUCCAACCUGUGCGAGGCAGGAACAGGGCAAAGCCAUACAAAUUCAUAAAGCAAGGAAAUGGCAUAUUCAUACAAUAUUAA